UGCUCGGAGGAAGGCAGGCAUGAAACGUGCGCUCCUCGAGUGGGCAAAUAGAAUCACAACCUUUGCCGGCGAAUGCACCGGGCCCUCGUUAUUGGCUCUGUGUUAUCGGAUCUACAACAGAGCUAGUCGUUCGAAACUGAUCACUUGGGCUAAGGUGAAACGCGCUGUUGGCACCUUUGUGUUGGUGCCGUAUAUAAAAAUCAUCGGGAAGCUAUUGGAUCGAACUAGUCAAGGUUCUGAUUUUGGACGGUACGAAGCACGGUGUGAUAUUCUUCCUACGGCGAUAGAUUGCCCCAAGAUGGCUAGGCUAAUAUUCACGAUUCUGGCGGUUUGCCUUGUUCAGAUAUCUUUAGCGCGCGUGGUGCGGGAUGCUCCAGCCCAAUCGGAAGAAAAUUCGUUUUUCAAAACGCUCACUACAAUCCAGGAGAAGGCUCACGACGCGUUGACUGGACUGAAUCAAAGUGUCUUGAAAUCAUUGGGAUUCCAGUCGAACGAUGAGGUUGUGGAGACAAUCCAGAAGAACACCAAGACCUAUGUGGAGCAACUGAAAACCGUCCAGACAUCCCUGGAAGAAGAACUGAAAAAACACUCCGGUGUUUUUGAUCCUAUCGUCAAGCAGUUGAAUGACAAGAUCGAUGAAACCAGAAAGUCUCUUGCAGAGAAGAACCCUGAUCUUGUGAACAGGGCUCAGGAAUAUCAGGAAAACGUUCAGACUCGAAUACAGUCACUGUUGACGGAGGCUCAGAAAACGGGAGAACAGUUGAAGGAAUCGAGCAGAGGUGCAACCGAACAGCUACAAACGGCCCUGAAGCAGUUGUACGACGCUACGGUAAACACGUUACAGAAGACCGUUAAAGAGUUAGAACCAAGUAAACCGGACCAGGAUCAGCCUUAGAACAGUGCUUUGUGCUUUUUUGGCGUGUGUUGUGAUUUUUUUUAAAGUAGUGAGAUGUGCCUAUUAAAAUGGUCAAUAAAUGACUCAACUUGUGUACAAGAGUACAAAUA